AAUGGGGCAAAAGAAUACAACCUCACUGCCUGAGUUCAUCUUGAUGGGAAUCACACAGAGCACUGAACUUCAACUCCCUUUGUUCGGAGUCUUCUUCAUCAUCUAUGCUGUCACCGUGGUGAGCAACCUGGGCAUGAUCAUUUUGACCAAGCUGGACUCUCAGCUAUGCACACCCAUGUACUUCUUCAUCAGACACUUGGCUUUCAUUGAUCUUGGGAAUUCCACUGUAAUCUGUCCCAAAAUGCUGGCGGGUUUUCUUGAGGAUCAAAAAACCAUUUCAUUCUAUGCAUGUGCCAUACAGUUGUCAUUCUUCCUCAUGUUCAUUAUCAGUGAACUCUUUAUCUUGUCCGCAAUGGCCUAUGACCGCUAUGUAGCCAUCUGCAACCCUUUGCUCUACAAUGUCAUCAUGUCUCAGAGACUUUGCCAUGUGCUUGUGGGCAUUCCAUACCUCUACAGCACCUUCCAGGCUCUGCUGUUCACCAGUAAGAUUUUCACACUAACUUUCUGUGGCUCUAACAUCAUCAGCCAUUUCUACUGUGAUGAUGUUUUCUUGUUACCUAUGCUGUGCUCAAAUGCUCAAGAAAUACAAUUGUUGAUCAUAUUAUUUUCAGCAUUGAAUUUGAUCUCCUCUCUUCUGGUAGUCCUUGGAUCUUACAUUCUGAUUCUGCUAGCCAUAUGUCGAAUGCAUUCUGCAGAAGGCAGGAAAAAAGCUUUUUCUACCUGUGGGUCUCAUCUGACAGUGGUUGUGGUGUUCUAUGGAACUCUACUCUUUAUGUACUUGCAGCCUAAAUCCACUCACUCCUUAGAGAAUGAUAAACUAGCCUCUGUAUUUUAUACCUUAGUAAUCCCCAUGCUUAACCCCUUGAUAUACAGUUUAAGGAACAAGGAGGUAAAAAAUGCCCUCUACAGGGUAUUAAAGAAUCAAUUUAAAAUUAACACUUAA